UCUGACCUUGAUCGCAGCCAAUCAUAUCAUACUCUGCAAAUAUUGGUACACGCGGUCCGUAGAGCUGUAAACCUUGUCGCGCUGCUAUCGACAAGUGCAGAGCAAGGCGGUACACGGGUACAGAAUUCGAACACAAGACCCAGCUGGAAACCUUCGGAUCCGACGGACUGUUGA